UUGUUUCUGUCCUCAUCCACACCAUUCACGGUUUCAACAUUUUGUCCUCUACUGCACCACACUACACCAUGCCUCAUUCCCUCUCAAUUUCAAAUGUUUGAAUUAAUGCCACCGUAAAAUAGCAAACUCCCAAACGCUACUGCGUAUAAACUCCCAAACGCUGCUGCAUAUCGAUUCAAUCACGCUUUAAUGGACGGUGACGUCACCGCCGUGGUUCAUAUCUGUGUCCGCACACUCCACCUCUCGCCGCUGCCUUUCACGAGCUUCAUGGAGCGGAGCCGCCCUGUCUCGUCGUCGGAGAAGCCAAUGGCGCGGAUAUCCCUCCAGGGACGGCUUCUCCACGCCGACGUAGCCAGCGCGGCUCGCACCGUCGGUGGCUUAAGCGCCGAGCAAGCCAUCGCGUGGAACCUCUUUCCUCCCAUCCACCGCUUCCUCAUUGUCGCCGUCAUCGGCGCCACCGUCGCACGCUCCCGGAAAGACCUUCAGAUAUGCCACCUCAAGAAGUGCGUUGAACUCAGGGACCAGGCGCUAUCGAGCAUGCAGCAGAAGCUGGACAGUCUUUGCAAGAUGGUUAACAAUUUCAAAGAGCAAUCGACUAAUAAGGCUUCUGAGAAGGACAUGGAAUUGCAAUCGAGUGAAGUUUUUGGUACCGAGAAAAUUAAGUUUGUUGAUUGUGGUUGUUGGCAUUGUGAACAACACUAUGCAUACUUUGGUGAAUUAAUGUGUGCCUCUGUUGGAAGAAGCUCUGGUGCAAGUGAGGAGCUUAUAAGACUCCCUUCUCUAGGGUUUGUUUGGAUUUGAGGAUGGAAAAUGGGGAGUGAAAAAGGAGGGAUUUGAAGGGAAAGUGAGGUUGUUUGGA